GACUUAACUAUAAUAAUGAUAAUUAUUAUUACCUUACUUUAAAACACAAACCUUAUCUUCCGUAUGAUAUAUCGUCUAUAAGGAAGCGUGAAAAAGUUAUAACCCUAAUUAAUUUCUCCAUCUGUUUCAAAACAAUGACGACGAUCUCUGAUCUUUCCCGAGACUUGAUCGGGGAGAUACUUUCCAAAGUUCCGAUCACAUGUGUUGGAAAAGUAAGAUGCACUUGCAAACGAUGGAAUGAUUCAACGAGAGACAGGAUAGUUGGUAAAGCAGGAGCUAGGCAGUUUAUGGGGUUCACGAUGAUGGAUUAUAAGGUUUGUUCUUUGAGAAUCGAUCUCAACGGAAUACUCAAGGACGAAGAAGGCUCUGGUCUAAUAUCUAUAAAACCGAUUGAUAGGCUCAAUAAAAUCGAGAUAUAUAAAGUGUUUCACUGUGACGGCUUGUUGUUAUGCGCGACAAAAGACAACACAAGGCUAUUGGUUUGGAACCCGUAUCUAGGGCAAACCAAGUGGAUCGAGCCUAAAAAAGCUUACCACAGAUUGGACAGGUAUGCUCUCGGGUACGAUAAAAACAAGAAAUCCUACAAAAUAUUGAGGUUUGUGGAUAAUAAGUACUUGCCCACAUCCCUUUUUGAGUUCGAAAUCUACGAUAUGAACUCUAGGUUGUGGAGGGCUCUUGAUGUCACUCCCGACUGGGAUAACGAGUUUUUUCGACCCGGCUUGACAGUGAAGGGAAACACUUACUUCUUCGCUAAACAAAAAAUAAUAUUUGAAGAUGACGCGGAUGAAGCAGACGGAGAUGUGGAUGAUUUCUUGGUCUCUUUUGAUUUUACAAAAGAGAGAUUUGGACCACAUCUGCAUGUGCCGUUUCACUCGUAUCUCCACGAAGAUACCGUGGCUCUAUCGAGUGUUGGAGAAGAUAAGAUUGCAGCUUUAUAUCAGUGCGCGGACAUUAAUGUGAUGGAGAUAUGGGUUACAACUAAGAUUGAGCCACACACGGUGUCGUGGAGCAAGAUGUGCUUCUUAGCAGUUAAUAAUAUGACCCCUCUCAUUGGUGCAAGUUUCUUCAUUGACGAGGAAAAGAAACUGGCAGUGGUUUUCGCUUUAGACUUUCUUGGUCGCUACAAAAGGGCUUGCAUCAUUGGAGAAAAUGGGUAUUUUAAACAAGUGGAUCUCGGAGAAGUUGUUGUGAAUUCUGGUGACUACCGUUUCCCAAUGUGCUCGUACGUGCCAAGUUUAGUGCAAAUCAUCCAAGCCUAGUAUCAUGGGGAAGAAGAAAAGGACGAUUAGUUGUUACUGGGAAGUCCUUUUUAUUUGUUUCUUUCGUAUCCUUUUCGUUUUCUUUGCCUUUUGUCACUUUCUUUGAGCAAGACUUAUUUUUCUUUUGUUUCUAUUUAUCAUGUAUUACUCAAAAUCUCUGUCUAUCAAUCGUAUUUGAAGUCUUGACCAAAAAAAAAACCUUAUGUUCAGUA